AACAGUAAUAAACAACAGACUUGGUGGACUUGAUCAGCAUUUUGUCUAUAUGUUAUUACAACUUGGAGCUGGUCUUGGCAAGUUGGCAUAUCCUCUCUUCUACUGUGGGCCACUGGGCCUUAGUGGAUUGGUUCAAUUGGGCCCAAAUACAGCCCAGCAUAAUGCGUCGUCGAGCCCUUCUACGUACCCUUUCUCGGAGAUUGGCCUGGAAUAUUUUGGAUGGAUCGAUCGAACGCCAUGGCCGGCGCCGGCGCCGGUGAAGGCGGCACCGUCCUGGUGGGCGUCCGAGGCUACGACAGCGGCCACCGCGAGAAGGAGGGAGGCAGCACGGCCACCUCCAGAACAAGCAACGGGCGUCCCAUCGAGAUGACAUUCUGGAACGAGGCCCCUCCCGCGCUCUCCCACUUCUCCGCCCACGGCUCCGAUCUGCCGCCCGCCGCCCAUGGCGAUCUGCUCCUGGCGCCCAAAGUCAUCGCCGUCGCCGACGGCUUGCUCCUCCUCAGAGUCCCCGUCAACCCCGUGCCCGGCGGCAAGAGUCUCUUCCGUCAGGACGACUACUUCGUCUACCAUCACCAUCAACCCGCCAGGCUAGAUCUGCUCCCCAGGCCGUGCCAGCAAUAUUGCUUACGCGACGACGAUUUCGCCAUCGUUAGCAUCUGCGGCGACAAGCAGCAGUACGUCGUUGCCGCCCUCGAGAUGAUCAACCUGCCCAGUCAAUUCGCGCUGCACCGGUACAAAUCUUCUUCUGGUGGUGGCGAUGGUGAUGAGAUCGCCGGAAAUUGGACGUGCGAGGAGGUGUUUGUGGAGGAGGCGGUGAGGGACAGGGUGUGCCCGAUCCCUGACUCAGAUGAGAGGCCCGUGUACCACAUCACCACCAAGACCAUCGUGCUCGGAGGCGCGAAGGGCACCGUCGGCUGGGUCGAUCUCUGGCGUGGCAUCCUCCUCUGCGACCUGCUCGACGAAAUGUCUCCCCCAAAGCUCCGCGACAUGCCGCUGCCAUGGCCGGCCAAGGGCAACUGGACAAGAUACCUCAGUGACAGCGAGUCCUUCUAUCGGGACAUCACCGUCAGCCAACACAAGGACUUCAUCAAGUACGUCGAGAUGGAAAUCACCAUGCCAAGAGUUGUGACCAAAACCAUAAUAUCCUCCGGUGAUCGCACCAUGCCUGCAGAUGAUCCUCCUGAUUCGUUCCUCGAAUGGGUUCGCCGGAGCAGAGAACCUCAGCCUCAGCCGACGACACGGCAGCGCUCCUCCGUCCGGCGGCCUGGCCAGUGGCUCACUACAUGGACCAUGCCUAUCCCGGUCACUUCAUGGGAGGACUGGCGCCCUGACUGCACAGCUAACUUGCAUGAUUUCCAUGUCGUCGACAACACAGCCCAUCAUGGGUUGCUGAAUAAGCUCAUGCUCAGCACCAGCGAUGAUGAGGAAGCCAAAGGGUCCAGCUUGUCCCUAGGAUGCCUGGCUAUGUCUUACCCCGCCUUGAGCAUCGACGACGACGAUGUUGUUUACCUCUUGUGCAAUUCUGCCAACAGGGAUUGUGAUAUGGGAGGAGUGAUGAUCGCCCUUGAUGUCAGGAAGAAGGAGAUUCAAGGAGAUGCAAUGUGAGUUAUUUAUGUAUCUUGACUUACCUUUGCAUCCGCUGUGUACUCGGCAAUUGUCGAGUAUUUGGGCACAUUGCCAGUGAUUGUUUGCUUUGAGUUCAACACAAAAGUCAUUUUUUUGGAAUGUCGGCCUAGCAUUUAGUUUGAGUGAGAUAAUGAAUUUAAUUCAUCACUUGAUUCUUGAUGAGUUGUUUGGUUUGAGGAAUGGGAUGGGAUUAUCCAUUACCACCUCAUUCCUCAACGCACAUGCUAUGCUAUGUUGUUGGAUGAAAAUUACUCAGCAAUAGUAUUUUUUCAUCAUACUCAUUAGAGGUAGUUAAGAACUUAUUUACAGCUAACAUGCUAACAUAAAAUUGAGCGUUAGUGAGCAGUUCCAUGAGUAACAUAAAAGAGUAAACAAAAUUGAGCUAAGC